AUGAGGUCGAACACCACCAAAAACACGACUGAAUCGACGACGACGACACAGAUGAAGAAGAAGAAGCCAGCAGUAGCAGCAGCCGCCCGGACGGCCGCGAAGCCAUUGCGCCACCAAGCUGGUGCCGCAGCCGCGGCCCUUCUAUGGGGUUUGGAUGGAUGCGAGUUGCCGCGUUCCCGUGCUCAUCCCAGCACGAGAGAUGCCUUGCAACAAGCAACCAUCGCCCGUAAACGGAAUGGCGCAGGAGUUGUUGUUGUUGUUGUUGUUGUUGCAUCGAUCCAUUCAUUAUUCGUUUCUGGGUUGGAUCGCGGGAAGCAGAAGAAGGGCCGCGUUUGCUCGUUGUUUCGUCAGGAUAACGGGGGCGUUUCCGUCGUUACUUGCGCUGAGGUCUGGGUCUUGACAGUAGCGACUUCGCUUCCUUCGUUUCGGCGGCUGGAGCUGCUCCAUCUCUCCAUCCCCAAUGAGAUCCUAACCUCUUGCCCUCCCUCCGCCGGCGUCGUCGACUUUCCCAUGGCGUGCCUCGCUCUUUCUCGCACAGCGGGUCCCUCCACGCUCUACCUGCCAAUUGGCUCUCCCCUCCACCCUCGCCAUCUUUUCCGGCAUUUCGUCCCGGCUUUGGACAACGCCAAUCUGCACCCGCGCUGUGCCCUCUCCCGCCAAGGUUGGUCAAUUAUCUGUGGAACUAGCUGGAAUCAUCAUGCUCGGAAGGAGACAUCCGUUGCUGGGCAACAGUGCUGUCAAUCUCAUAGUUGCAGUAGUUUUAGUGAGGGCAGAUCGAAUGAGGACGUGAGUUGUUCUGCUGGAGAAGAUGCCGACAAGUCACCGACACAUUCCCCGCUCCACCUCACGACAUUUCUCGCGCAAGCUCUGGCUAUCGUGUCUUAUUGGCGAGCUAGGUUACAUCGCUGCAGAGCUGAAUUGGAAACAUUAUGUGAAGAAUCGGAGCGGGAAACUUCCGAGGGAGCGUUGCUGAUGCAAGGGAGCAUGGGAAUGGCAUUGCUGAGCAUAUCCAUGAUUGCCAGAGAUAGGAUUAGUCCAGUUUUGAUCACGCUCAGGACGAAUCCUACCUUCAUGUCAGGCCUUGUUGCCUGGGCAAUUGCACAGGUACUGAAAGUUUUCACUAAGUAUUUUGUGGAGAGGAGAUGGGACUGGAAGAUGCUGGUGGGUUCUGGGGGCAUGCCGUCCUCUCAUUCGGCCCUGUGUGUUGGCUUAACCACAGCAGUUGCAUUGUGUCAUGGAGUGGGCGACAGCUUGUUCCCUGUAUGCCUGGGGUUUACCCUCAUUGUCAUGUACGAUGCUGCGGGAGUUAGACGGCAUGCUGGACGUCAAGCAGAGGUCCUUAAUAUGAUUGUGGAGGAUUUGUUCCAAGGGCACCCCGUGAGCGAGAAGAAGCUGAAGGAGCUUCUGGGCCACACACCUUUGCAAGUUGGUGCAGGUGCCAUCUUAGGAAUGAUUUGUGGGUACAUUUGUUCCCGUUCCAGCAUGGUUUAUUGAGUACGAUACGCUUCACCGUCACUGACAAUCCUCCUCUCUUUUCUUUUCUGUUUUAUUUUAAUUUCUGAUUCCAGCUUUGUUGAUGAAUGAAGUACAACCACUCUCAUAAUUUAUGCCAAGAACUGAGGUUACUGUAUUAGUAUGUGUUGGUUUGAUUGAAAAGAAUAUCCUGUUCUGCAUACCCUGGAGUUAGUCAUGGAUAUAUAAAUAUAUAUAUAGAUAUAUAGUGAGGAACCCAGGUUACCAAGUGGCUGUAGGUGGAGUAUUAGAAGAUUUUGUCUGUGUAGCAACAAUUGUAGCUGCAGAGCCCUACUCAAUAGUGGGCACCCAGCUAUCUCAUAGUCUCCCGAUGACCCAAUUGGAUUAUUGCAUCUGUUCCUCACUCACAUGGUUCUUGUUGUCAUUUCAUCACUUUCAAUUGCUAGACGUACAUGGACUUUGUCUUAUCUUCCUCACCAGGCGAUGAGGUUGCAAUACUUUUCAGUCCUUUCUUCUUCGCCACAAGUGGAGCUUCUCCUUCCAUGCCAGAGCUUAAAAUCUUGCAAAUCCUGGCGCAAUCCUUGGUGUCCUCUCUUGAGUGAUGGGUGGUAGCUGAUCAAUUCAAUACCUCUAGAAUUUCUACUCAGUUUAGGAGUCCUCAAAUACUAGCUUAAAAUCUGGUGAAAUUGCUGUAGUUUUAGCAACAGUACAACAUAGAACUAACAUUCAAGUUUUGAUUCCUGAGGAGAAAUGAAAUUGAGAUAUACAGAUCUCUAAGUUUAUGGAGUUCUGGAAUAUAAAUGAAAGAAUUUUAUUUGUUUAUUUGUGAUGGAA